AGUUCCUUUCCGGGAAGUCUUGUCAGCUGGGUUAAUUGUGAAUCAGAGGAUAAAAGUGGGGGCACGUGCUUUUACCCGGUGGUUCGCGUUGCAUUCCGAGGCAAAAGUAGGGAAAGACGCCGGCGGCUUCUCUUGAGCGAACUUCUACUUCCUCUGGAUUUUUAGGGACUGAUUUACGUUAGCAUGAAUCUUUGGGCUCGGGCAGGCAUGGUAGGCGCUCUGUCUUGUUGCAUGCACCGCAGGAGGAGUGUCCUGGCCGAAGCUGAAAGGACCGACGUAGAGAGCAGCAGCGACAACGGCCGGCCGGAGUUGAAACUGGUACAGGUUUUCUUUCGGCACGGCGCUCGCACGCCCCUCAGGCCAAUCCCGGGUGUUCAGCAGCAGGUGGAGUGGGAUCCUGCUCUUCUGGAGAUCCCCGAUCAAACAAAGUUUCACUACACAGUAACUAAUCUCACAGGUGGACCGAGGCCAUAUUCUCCUGAUGAAGAAAAUUACAAAAAAACAGUGCUGAAGGGAGGUGUAAUUGCGGGGCAGUUGACAACAGUUGGCAUGCAGCAGAUGUUCGCCCUGGGGGAACGACUAAGGAAACGUUACAUUGAGGAGACCAAUUUCCUCUCAUCAUCAUUCAAACCUUCUGAAGUCUUCGUCCGUUCCACUAAUAUUGUUCGGAAUCUGGAGUCCACACGGUGUUUGCUAGCUGGGCUGUUCCAACAACAGAAAGAAGGACCGGUUACCAUUGUCACAGAUGAAGCAGAAUCUGAAAUCCUGUAUCCCAAUACAAUGAAUUGCCAACAACUGAAACGUAUGUAUAGAGAUGGUUUGGCUACUGUGAAUUUGCACCAAGGCAUCUUUGAAGAUCUGAAGAAUAUUAAACAAAAUAUGGGAAUUAGCAAUGAGCAAAAAGUAGACUUCUUCCUCCUCCUUGACAACAUUUUUGCAGAACAGGCACAUGACUUACCAAGUUGCCCUGUCCUGAAGAAUUUUGCACAACUAAUUGAGCAGAGGGCUGUUGACUCACUUGUUUAUGUUACAAAAUACAGUUCAAGGAAGAUUCUUCAGAUGUCUGUUGGUCCUCUCCUGUAUGCAAUAGAGGAGAACAUUAGGAAGGCAAUAGAGCCGCCUCCUUCUGAUGCUAAGACCACGAAGCUCAUUCUCUAUGCUGUUCAUGAUAUUACACUCUUCCCAUUGCUGAUGGCUAUGGGAAUCUUCAAUUCAAAGUGGCCUCCAUAUGCAGCAGAUGUGACUCUGGAACUCUAUCAGGACUCCAAGGACUGGUUUAUACGACUGAUCUAUAAUGGAGAGGAGCUGAUUCCAGGAGGAUGUAAAGAUGGUUUCUGUCCACUAGAAGACUUUUUAAAUGCUCUUUCAGUAUAUAGCACAAAGCCGCUGGUAUAUGACAUGAUUUGUUCCCAGACAGAAGAGACCCUUUUACAACACAGUUGACUUUUACAACACAGUUGAUCAGGAAGGCACAGUGACUUUGUUACUCUUUCUAAAUAGUGUAAAAGUAAUGUAUUAUUCACUGUGUUUCAACUUGAUAGCUGAAACUGAUAGCAACAAAAGCUUGUUAUAAUGGUGAAAAUGGAUGCUAGUUUCACAUUCUGGAAAUGAGCAUAAGUAGUAGAAUGAAAGUUAUUUUAUGGCAUAUUACAUUACUACUUAUGGGAGUACUGAUGGAUAGUCAAAGAGCAGUUACUACAGCACAUCUUUCUUCAUAAUACAUUUUUUUCAGUAAUAUAUUUAAGUUCUCUUUUAUACUUAAAGAACAUGGCCUACUUUUUAAUGUUUGAAUCUCUUACUGAACAUUUUGAGCUAAGUAUAAUCAUCUUUGUAUACAAUUUUUAAACUUCUUAAGGUAUAGUCACAGAAUUACCUCUUCCUACAUGUUUUUAAUCUUAAUUUAAAUGAAGAGCCUGCCUAAAAGUAUAGCUCUUAGAAACUACUGCAUUAUGGAUAGUAAAGUUUCUUUCUGUAACUUUUAACACCUUUUCCUAACUGUAUCAUUCAAUAAUAAAGCUGAGGUUGAAAAUAAUUUCUCAUUUGAAGCCUGAAAUAUGAAAGCAUGGUUGUUAGCUACUGUAGACCAAGGAAGGGGAAACAAGACUUAAGCACACCUAAAUGUUUUUUUUCUUUAAUCGGUGAACCAGGAAGUAAGUGUGUGCAUGUAUGUUUUCCUUUCCUGAAAAGGAAGUUCACAUCUGACCUGUAGAUUUCCAUAGAUCAGCUAAGAUGAUGGAAUAGGAAAGAAUAUUUUUAUGUUAAACUUAGUGGUGUGGACUAGUCAUAUCCACAACUCCCAUGCAAUUCCUUCUAUUUCAGUUGUGGUCAAUUUAGCCUAUGGCUGAAAAAGGUUUUCUAGUCCUGGCUUCAUGUAUCUUUCACAGCAACAAACUCAUAUUGUGAGUUAGGCAACAAACAUAUGGCACAAGUUGUUUAAGCAAUGUACUUGUUAGAGGACUUAAUGAAAAUUUUUCUGGAAGAAAAAAUUAAUUAUCAGCGUGAACAUUUACCUUUACAUCUGUCAGCAAGACAGUAAUGAUAACGUCUAGGUGAUUCAUUAAUGGCAGCUCCAAGUGCAUGAAAUACAUGUUACUGGAGAAAACAGAUCUACAUCAGUUAUGGUUUCAGUAAACCCAUACUGCAUUUAGCUUGCAUUCUGCAACAAAGGCCAUCUCCAGACACACAGGCUUCAGUUUCCAGAAUCCCUUAACCUGGAUGGGAUCAGUGAGAUCGCUCAAGAGUUUAAAUUUGUACAUCUGGAAUACAAGUAUAUAGGGGAAGUCUGCUCAGGUUUAGUAUCACUGCUAGCGGUGAUACGCAUACAUUCAAAAUACAGUUGCCUGCAAGUUUAGGCAGCUCUGAUCAAAUGUUUCAGUGAAUAUUAAGUGAACAGCUGACAGAACCUCUACAUAAUGCAAAUUUGAACUCAACAUCUUUCUGCAAACUUGAAUGCAUACUUAUGAUUUAUAUACAGUUUAUAGAUUCAAAGCCAUGAAUACAGCAGGUUCAUACAUUUGGACAUUCUUCUAUUCAGUGCUUUGUAACAUCUACUUUGGCUAAAUUGUUUUCAAAUGUUACUGUAGUUAUCUAUGAGUCUUACUAUUCUUGCUUUUGGAAUUCUUCCCCGCUCUAUCUUACCAAACUCUUUUAACUUAAUAUUUUCCCCACAGAUUUUCAGUACUAUUGUUUGGGAACUCUGAAGGCCAUUAAAAAAACUUAGAUUUUUCCUGUACAUACUUCAUGGUUGAUUUGGAGGCAUAUUUUGGAUCAUUGCCUUGGUGAAAUAUUCAGCCUCUCUUCGGUUUCAUUUGUCCACUGACUGUAGGACAUUAGCUUCUGGGAUGUGUUGAUAUUCAGUUGAACUCAUUCUUAAUUCAACCUGCACAGUGUUUCCUAUGUCAGUGGUUGCCACACAACCCCAAAGCAUAAUAAAGCCACUCUUAUUGG